AGACAUUGGUUCUCGAUACCUUGUCGGGACUGGCAGACCGUGACGUGUUCCCACUACUCCAUGUGCAGUGCGCACCCACAACCCUGCUCUCUUUCUCUCUCUCUGUAAAAACCCUACAAGGAGAGAUAAACUCCAUUUCUUAAGCUUGCUUGCACACUUCCCCUUACACCUUUCCACCGCCUCUGCCCUCCUCCCGUCAAAUCAAAUCCCCCCCUCCUAGACAACAAAGAUGCUUUUUUCUUCCUGGUGGUUGGUUGUGGUUGGAGAGUCUAGUUGGUGUUGGCUGUAGAGGAGCAAAAGCUCACUCAACUUGGAAGCUCGGAACUUGUAGAGUCAAAAGCCAGAGGGACAAGAAAAAACCUGGCAUCUCUGCAAAACCGCCUUUUUCAUUUUCCUCUCGGAUUAUAUUUUUUUUUGUUUAACAGGUUUAUUAAAGAGAUAUUCGAUGCACGAAUUGUUAUAGUACGCCAGGGAGUGUUGGGACCCUUAACGUACGCUCCCCGCAGCCUUGCAGUAGAGGGAGGGAGGGAGGGAGGGAGAGAGAGAGAGCUGAAAGUACAGAGGAAAAGAAGCCACCUACCAAAAAUACAAAAUCUUAGGUUCGUUUGCUCGUACUAACCAACCCAAGAUUUCCCAUUGAUUGAGACUUGAGAGAAAGCAAAGCAAACCAAGCUCCAAGGAAGAAAGAAGAAAACUAGAAGCUGCUGCAAACUCAAAAGGCUUAUCAGAGAAGUACACAAGGCAUGCACUUUGUGGGUACCCAAUAAUAUACAUACGCGUAUAUAUAUAUAUAUAUGUUACUGUUUUGAGCUCAAAUAUGUGAAUCUUUGGGUAUUUAAGAGGUGGGGUUUGAAGAUUUUUGAGUUUAGAUUUGGUUUUUGAAGAAGUGGGGUUAGGGUUGUUGGGUUUUAAAUGCGGUUUGUUGGAUCUAAUAUUUCUGGGUUUUUAGCUAUUAGGGUUUUCAAAUAAAAAAAGGGAGAUUGGGUUUAGGUGGGUUUUCUAAUAAGGGAUAAGGUUUUUUGGAUUCUAUCUGUGGAUUUGGAGAUUGUUUUGUAAUUUAUUUAUUGGAGAGAGAUCUUUGAAUCUGUUCCUGCAAGUGCAAACAAACAAAGAAGAAGAAGAGGGAGAGAGGUGCAAUAUUAAGGAGAAGAUAAAGAUUUUAUCUCUACCUUCCUUAAUUAGCUUGCUAGGUGGUUGUCGUUGUCCACCCAAAAACAGAAAGAGUGUAAAAACAAGAGCUUGGAUUUGGAUUUUCGGUUCUGGUUUUUUUUAUUGCAUAUUUUACAAGAUUUAAUUAGAAGAAGGCCAUGGCGAAUCGAUGGUGGGCUGGAAAUGUUUCCAUGGGAGGAGGAGGUCAUGUGGACUCAAUCUCCUCGACUCCGCCGUCUCUCCACCUCAGGAACACUGAGGAACAGCUGGACGACCAAAACAACACGACCACUCCCACCAACAGCAGCAGCAGCCCUCACAAGCAGAACAAGAAACACCGCGAAGACGACCGGGACAACAAUGAUCAGGAAGGCGACGAUCAGGGCCCCAACACCGGUAGCGGCAGCCAUGACAGCCUCGAGCCUGGAAGCAGCAACCGGAGGCCGCGUGGCCGGCCGCCCGGGUCGAAGAACAAGCCUAAACCCCCCAUAGUCAUCACCAAAGAGAGCCCCAACGCUCUCCGAAGCCAUGUGUUGGAAAUCAGUAGCGGCAGCGACAUUGUGGACAGCAUUGCCACCUUUGCCCAAAGGCGGCAUAGAGGGGUUUCGGUUCUCAGCGGAACUGGCAUUGUCGCCAAUGUCACUCUCCGACAACCAGCAGCACCAACUGGAUUGAUCACAUUGCACGGAAGGUUCGAGAUACUAUCGAUGUCAGGGGCAUUCCUGCCCUCCCCAUCCCCACCUGGGGCGACAGGGCUGACCGUGUACUUGGCAGGCGGCCAAGGGCAGGUGGUGGGAGGCACCGUGAUGGGAGCAUUGGUGGCUUCCGGUCCAGUGAUGGUUAUAGCAGCUACCUUCACAAACGCGACAUAUGAGAGGCUGCCGCUUGAGGAGGAACAAGGUGGAGAAGGAGGAAUGCAGUUGGAGCAACAACAGCAGCAGCAGCAGCAAUCAGGUGUGAAUUCGGCAGGGACAGGAGCAAAUUCAAGUUCCCAAGGUUUGGGUGAGCAUACUAGUGCAAUGGCUGUUUACAAUUUGCCUUCAAAUUUACUUGCGAAUGGUGGUCAGAUCCCUCAAGAUAUAUUCUGGGGUCCUCCCCCUCCAAGACCCCCUCCUCCAUCUUACUGAGACAACAAAGAUUGAGAGAUCGAGAGAAGGAAGGAGAAAGAAAGAUGCUUGGUCUGAUCACUGACUUGGUUCUUUUUUUGGUUUUGUGAAAAAAAUAUGUUUGACAGCUUUUGUAGGCACAGCAAGCAAAGGUAGGAGGAGGACUAUUUUGUUUAUAUCUUUUGCUUGUGAAAUCUGAAAUCUCUUUAGUUUUGUUAUUAGGUUUUAUUUUUUCUUUCUCAGUAGCUAUGUUUCAAAACCGGUGGAUCGUAUGAAUGUAUUUUGUUCGUCUUUCGCUUAA